UGCCCAGGCUGGUCUCAAACUCCUAGACUCAAGUGAUCCGCCCUCCUCAGCCUCCCAAAACGCUGAAAUUAUAGGUGUAAGCCAGUGUGCCUGGCCUUAAUGUUCUGAUAUAAUGCUUAGAAUGUAGGGUGCCCUCAAUAAAUAUUUUUCGAGUUAAUCUUUGGGAAGAAUGAAGAUGAGGUUUAAGGGGAAAGGCAGCUGAGCUCUGUCAUUCCUCUGCCUUUGAAUUAAAUCACUGAAUUCAACACUACUGUGAGGAGGUGGAAAAGGGCUAGGAACAUUGUGGAAUGAGUCAAAGUUUGAAAUGUCAUUCUAACCUUCUCUUCUGGUAGGACUCAACAGUAGCCUUCCUUGAGGACCUGCCUUUCCCAUUUGCUGCCUGAAGUUAAUGUUUCUUGCUGGCCAAAUCAGGGACAUGCCGGCAUUGUAAGGGCUGAUUAUCUGAUCCUCUUACUAAUUUAUUGGUUGGGGUGGGGUGAGCAGGGAGGAAAAGGGAUACCUUGGUUUUUCUUUUAUGGCCCUUUCAGCAUCUCAAGUCAUAGCCCAUAUGCCUCCUUUCUUGUUGAUCCUUCUUCCUAUAGCUUUGUUUUGUUUCCCCUUAUAGUUCCCUCUUACGCUUUUCAUCUCCAUCCCCAUUCCCACCCACUGCCAGGGGGCUUGGGUUCUGAGCUGAUGGGGUACCCCCCUCUGCAGAGCGGGAUGAGUGGGUGUUCCGGCAGGGAUGUGGUCAUUGACGGCCAGUGAGGGCGAGAGUACCACUGCCCACUUCUUCCUUGGAGCUGGAGAUGAAGGGCUGGGCACCCGUGGAAUAGGCAUGAAGCCAGAAGAGAGUGACAGCGAGCUCCUUGAGGAUGAGGAGGAUGAAGUGCCUCCUGAACCUCAGAUCAUUGUUGGCAUCUGUGCCAUGACCAAGAAAUCCAAGUCCAAGCCAAUGACUCAAAUCCUAGAGCGACUCUGCAGAUUUGACUACCUGACUGUUAUCAUUCUGGGAGAAGAUGUAAUCCUUAAUGAACCUGUGGAAAACUGGCCAUCCUGCCACUGUCUCAUCUCUUUCCACUCCAAAGGCUUCCCUCUGGACAAAGCUGUUGCUUACUCCAAGCUUCGAAACCCCUUUCUUAUCAAUGAUCUGGCCAUGCAGUAUUACAUCCAAGAUAGGAGGGAGGUGUACCGGAUCCUGCAGGAAGAGGGUAUUGAUCUGCCUCGAUAUGCUGUGCUCAACCGUGAUCCUGCCCGGCCUGACGAAUGCAACCUGAUAGAAGGUGAAGACCAAGUAGAGGUCAAUGGAGCUGUCUUUCCCAAGCCCUUUGUGGAGAAGCCAGUGAGUGCAGAAGACCACAAUGUUUACAUCUACUACCCCAGCUCAGCUGGAGGAGGAAGCCAGCGUCUCUUUCGUAAGAUUGGCAGCCGAAGCAGUGUUUACUCUCCUGAGAGCAGCGUCCGAAAGACGGGAUCGUACAUCUAUGAGGAAUUUAUGCCAACAGAUGGCACAGAUGUCAAGGUGUAUACAGUGGGGCCAGAUUAUGCCCAUGCUGAAGCUAGAAAGUCUCCAGCUUUGGAUGGGAAGGUUGAACGAGACAGUGAGGGGAAAGAGAUUCGAUAUCCAGUCAUGCUGACUGCCAUGGAAAAGCUGGUGGCCAGGAAAGUCUGCGUAGCUUUCAAGCAAACAGUUUGUGGGUUUGACCUUCUUCGUGCCAAUGGUCAUUCCUUUGUGUGUGAUGUCAAUGGUUUUAGUUUUGUCAAGAACUCGAUGAAAUACUAUGAUGACUGUGCCAAGAUUCUGGGGAAUACCAUAAUGCGGGAGCUUGCCCCACAGUUCCAGAUUCCAUGGUCCAUCCCCACAGAGGCUGAGGACAUUCCCAUUGUUCCUACCACAUCUGGCACUAUGAUGGAACUUCGUUGUGUCAUUGCAAUUGUUCGUCAUGGGGAUCGUACUCCCAAGCAGAAGAUGAAGAUGGAAGUGAAACACCCAAGGUUUUUUGCUCUGUUUGAAAAACAUGGUGGCUAUAAGACAGGGAAAUUAAAACUCAAGCGACCUGAGCAGCUCCAGGAGGUGCUGGAUAUCACAAGGCUGUUGUUGGCUGAACUGGAGAAAGAACCAGGUGGUGAGAUCGAGGAGAAGACGGGAAAACUGGAGCAGCUGAAGUCUGUAUUGGAGAUGUAUGGUCACUUCUCAGGUAUAAACCGGAAGGUACAAUUGACUUACUACCCUCAUGGAGUAAAAGCUUCUAAUGAGGGGCAAGAUCCACAGAGGGAGGCUCUGGCCCCAUCUCUGUUGCUGGUACUGAAGUGGGGUGGAGAACUCACUCCUGCUGGCCGUGUUCAGGCUGAGGAGCUGGGGCGAGCUUUUCGCUGCAUGUACCCUGGAGGACAGGGUGACUAUGCUGGCUUCCCUGGUUGUGGGCUGCUUCGUCUCCAUAGCACUUUCCGCCAUGAUCUCAAGAUCUAUGCCUCUGAUGAGGGUCGUGUUCAGAUGACUGCUGCUGCCUUCGCCAAGGGCCUUCUGGCUCUAGAAGGGGAGCUGACACCCAUUUUGGUGCAAAUGGUGAAGAGUGCCAACAUGAAUGGGCUACUGGACAGCGAUGGGGAUUCCUUGAGCAGCUGCCAGCACCGGGUGAAGGCUCGGCUGCACCAUAUUUUACAGCAGGAUGCGCCCUUUGGCCCUGAGGACUACGACCAGCUGGCUCCCACCAGAAGUAUUUCCCUGCUCAACUCCAUGACUAUCAUCCAGAAUCCUGUGAAGGUCUGUGAUCAGGUAUUUGCCCUGAUCGAAAACCUCACCCACCAGAUCCGGGAACGAAUGCAGGACCCCAGGUCUGUAGACCUGCAGCUCUACCACAGUGAGACACUAGAGCUAAUGCUACAGCGUUGGAGCAAGCUGGAGCGUGACUUUCGACAGAAGAGUGGGCGCUAUGAUAUCAGUAAGAUCCCUGACAUCUAUGACUGUGUCAAGUAUGAUGUGCAGCACAAUGGGAGUCUGGGACUUGAAGGCACAGCAGAGUUGCUCCGUCUCUCUAAGGCAUUGGCUGAUGUGGUCAUUCCCCAGGAGUACGGGAUCAGCCGGGAGGAGAAACUGGAAAUUGCUGUGGGCUUCUGUCUUCCACUGUUGCGGAAGAUACUGCUUGACCUGCAGAGAACCCACGAGGAUGAGUCUGUCAACAAGCUGCAUCCCCUGUACUCCCGAGGCGUGCUCUCCCCAGGUCGCCACGUUCGAACGCGUCUCUAUUUCACCAGUGAGAGCCACGUCCACUCCCUACUCAGUGUCUUCCGUUAUGGAGGACUUCUUGAUGAGACCCAGGAUGCACAAUGGCAGCGAGCUUUGGAUUAUCUUAGUGCCAUCUCAGAGCUUAACUACAUGACCCAGAUUGUCAUCAUGCUUUAUGAGGACAACACACAGGAUCCCUUAUCAGAGGAACGGUUCCACGUAGAGCUACACUUCAGCCCUGGAGUGAAAGGUGGUGAGGAAGAAGGCAGUGCCCCAACUGGCUGUGGAUUCCGUCCAGCCUCUUCUGAGAAUGAGGAGAUGAAAACCAACCAAGGCAGUAUGGAGAACCUGUGUCCAGGAAAGGCAUCAGAUGAGCCAGACCGGGCAUUGCAGACUUCACCCCAGCCUCCUGAGGGCCCUGGCCUCCCAAGGAGAUCACCCCUCAUUCGUAACCGAAAAGCUGGUUCCAUGGAGGUCAUGAACAUGCAGUGCACGGGGAACCUGGACCUCAUCCCCUUGCGGGGACGGCGCCGCAGGAGGUCGGGAGACCUCCCCCGGCCUUCCCCAGCCAUCGGCCUACAGCCCCGGGCUGUGUCCACCACUCACCUGGCAUCCUGCACACAGGUACUUUCUGAGACUUCAUCCUCAAGGCCUGGUGGCUACCGGCUCUUUUCAUCUUCACGGCCACCCACAGAAAUGAAGCAGAGUGGCUUAGGCUCACAGUGCACAGGGCUGUUCAGCACCACAGUGCUGGGUGGCUCCUCCAGCGCCCCGAAUCUUCAGGACUACGCCCGCAGCCAUGGCAAAAAGCUACCACCUGCCAGUCUGAAGCACCGAGAUGAGCUCUUGUUUGUCCCGGCCGUAAAACGAUUUUCUGUGUCGUUUGCAAAGCAUCCGACUAACGGAUUUGAAGGGUGUUCCAUGGUGCCUACCAUCUACCCUCUGGAAACACUGCAUAAUGCCCUUUCCCUACGACAAGUGAGUGAAUUCUUGAGUAGAGUCUGCCAGCGCCACACUGAUGCCCAGGCACAGGCAUCUGCAGCCCUCUUUGAUUCCAUGCACAGCAGCCAGGCCUCAGAUAACCCAUUUUCUCCACCACGUACUCUUCAUUCACCUCCUCUGCAACUCCAGCAGCGCUCUGAGAAGCCCCCUUGGUACAGCAGUGGCCCUUCUAGCACUGUGUCCAGUGCUGGUCCUUCUUCCCCUACUACAGUAGAUGGUAACUCCCAAUUUGGCUUCAGUGAUCAACCCUCCCUAAAUUCACACGUGACUGAAGAACAUCAAUGCCUUGGGCUGCUCCAGGAGACCCCUGGGAAUGGAGCACAAGAGCUCUCCAUAGAAGGGAAACAAGAGCUUUUUGAACCAAAUCAGUCCCCACAGGUGCCACCUGUGGAAACCAGCCAGCCAUACGAGGAGGUGGCUGAGGAGGUCAGCCAGCCAUGUCAGGAGGUCCCUGACAUCAGCCAGUCAUGCCAGGACAUUUCUGAGGCACUCAGCCAGCCAUGUCAGGAGGUCCCUGACAUCAGCCAGCAAUGCCAGGAGAACCAUGACAAUGGUAACCACACAUGCCAGGAGGUCCCUCAGAUCAGCCAGCCAUGCCAGAAGGCCAGCCAACUGUGCCAGAAAGUCUCUGAGGAAGUUUGCCAGCUAUGUCUGGAGAACCCCGAGGAGGUCAGCCAGCCAUGCCAGGGGGUCUCUGUGGAGGCUGGCAAGCUGGUCCAUAGGUUCCAUGUAGGGGUUGGUGGCUUGGUCCAGGAAACCCCUGUAGAAGUUGGCAUCCCAGCUGAAGAGAUCCCUGAGGAGGUCAGCCAGCCAUACCAGGAGUGGAGGUUGUUCUCUGUGGAGGUUGGCAGGCUGGCCCAGGAGCCUUCUGCGAUCAGUCUGUUAUCUCAGGGCAUCCCUGAGAUUGAUAAACCAUCCCAAGAGUUCCCUGAGGAGAUUGAUCUGCAGGCCCAGGAGGUCCCUGAGGAGAUAAAUUAGAAGUCCUGGGUGGUCCCUGAGGUGAUCCAUCAGCUGCCUGGAGAGGGUAUUCCUCAAGCCCAGCAUCUAUCUGGUGAUCCAAACCCUCAGAGUCAGUCUCUAGCCCAUGACCAGCACUCACCCCUUCCACCAGCAACAUGUGAUUAAUUUUCUCGUUAGUGGUGUCACACUAUACCAGCCAUCUGAGCCAGCAACCUUUUCUGUUGACUAACUCAAUGGCCAGCUCUCACCAGCGGUGUCUGGGGAAGUAGUUCUCUUGGUGUGAAGCAUACCUGUGCCAGAGCUGUGCUUAAGGAGGAGCCAGUUUUAGGUUCAAAGAAGCCAUUGGCUCUUCACCUAACCAUUAGACUUGAAUAGGAUUUCCUUGGAGUGGGUUGAUCUGUCAUUACCCAGCCUUCUCUGAGCAUCCUAGGAAAUCAUAGAUUGUUAAAGGAAAUGCUGCUUCACUGCUGAAGACACCAUAUGGGGACAGCAAAUGCAAAAGAGGGGACUCUAGGGUCUUCACUUUUCUGGGGAAAUAUUCACGACUUCUCAAGGUAUGCUUAGACCAUAUGUGCAUUCGGGGGACUCUUGUCUUUGCCAGCACUCCUCAGAUGAGCCUGGGACGGCUAUCUGAGAUGUCUGGAAAAUAAAGUCCCCUCCCCAAACGUCUGUCACGGCCACUAAAUCUUUAGACUUGCCUUAUAGAUCUUUCCAUAUCAUCCCCAAGUGCCCCUUCUGUCUCAGUCCCGUUCCUCUGGGCAAUAGCUCUAGGGAAAAGUAGGUCUUAGACUGCUGUACAAAAUUCAAAGCAAUGACUUAAAAUGCUCUAGAAGAUUCUUAGCCAGUCUGUGAAACUGGGCCUCCCUCUGUGGUGGGCUGUUUGGCUUAGGAGAUGCUGUAGUAGUAGAGAUAAUCAGAUUCUAUUGUAAGCAAUGAGCAGAGAUCAGUAUUGUACAGAUACAAGCAAAGGUUUAAUAAAUAAAUAUAAAUAUAUAUAUACACAUAUAGAUGUGUAUGUAUGUGUGUGUGUAUAUAUAUAUAUAUUUCUGUAGCUGUGCCAGGGACAGACUGGCCAAAGACCAAACACUCCAGGGUCCCCAAGAAAUUUGUCCUUAUAUCAUUGUAUCUGAGGGCCAGAUAUGAUUAUGAAGCUUUUUCCAAAGAUCCAGGGAUGGGAAUGGGAGUGGGUAGGAGGGGUAAUACGGUCACUGGAGUCAGGGGCCGGAACAUUAUGAAUGCUCAAUAAAUAUGAAAUAAUGAGAAUGAUGAUGAUGGAUGAUGGUGAUGUCCUUGUGAAUUCAAGAAUGAAUAUGGGCUGGGCACAGUGGCUUAUAUCUGUAAUCCCAGCACUUUG